AUGAACUAUUCCCUCACGGGUGUACAGGUUGACGCCUACUUUGAGCGCAUCCAGUUACCGACAUCAUACCGUCGCGGUCAGGGCCCCACAUUGGAUCUCCCGUUCCUGUCUAGGCUUCAAGGGUAUCACGUUUCAGCAAUCCCUUACGAAAACUUGUCCCUUCAUUAUGCGAAGGAUGUGAAGGUUUCGCUAGAUGUGGCAGAGCUAUACAAAAAGCUUGUCCAGAGACGUCGCGGUGGUUAUUGCAUGGAAAACAAUAUAUUGUUUCACCAUGUCCUUCUAUUUCUGGGAUUCGAUGUUUACCUUACUGGUGCACGGCUCUUUCGAGUUGGAAAUGGGAAGCCAGCGGGCUGGUCGGGCUGGGAGCACUCUGUGAACAUCGUCACCCUCGACCAGCAAAGAUACCUGGUCGACGUGGGAUAUGGAGGGAAUGGUCCCAGAUCUCCUUUACCAUUGGUCGAUGGCCCUAUCCAUGAGAACAUUGGAACCCAGACUAUGCGGUUGGUGUACGAACCUCUGCCUGGGUCACGUCAACGCCAGUGGAAUUAUCAGACCCGCAAUGCGGAAGACCAGCCGUGGAUACAUAACUACGCUUUCACAGAGAUGGAAUUCUUCCAGCGUGAUUUCGAAGUAAUGAGCUUCUUCACCAGUUGUCACUCGGACUGCUUUCUCACGUCACAUUUGCUUGUGGUUAAGUAUCUUCGUGAAGGGGAUGAGGUGUACGGGAAGAUGGUCUUGGAUGGUGACAAGAUUAAGAAGAAUGAAGGCGGGAAGAACAUUCUGGUCCAAACGUGCAUGAGCGAGAGGGAACGAGUCGAUGCUUUGAGGGAUCAGUUUGGGAUUGAGCUGACCGAGGAUGAACAGAACGGAAUCCAAGGACGAAUGUCGGCACUGCCGAUGAGCCAUGCUUAA